UAUGGAGUCUAUACUCAAGUCACCGAUGAAACUUGUACUUUUAGCAGCCUGGCUGUCGAGUGUGUUGCAUCAAUGCAAGUUUUCUGACAUCUGCCAAUCAUGCCAUCAAAAUGCAACAUGCGAAGAGAUAAAAGGCAAGCACCUCUGCCACUGUAAACAUGGCUUUACCGGUGAUGGUCGAACUUACUGCACAGAUGAUAAUGAAUGCCAAAAUAUCACUAAAAUCUGCGAUGAACACGCCAACUGCACAAACACAGAGGGGAGUUACUACUGCACCUGUUUGUCCGGAUACAGAUCCACAGGCCAAAAACAAUUUCAAACCAAUGACGGAACCAAAUGCACAGAUAUUGAUGAAUGUGAAAAUGUGAAUUGUGGGCCAUUCUCCAUUUGUGUGAAUACCAACGGGUCUUUUCACUGCACUUGCCAAAGAGACUAUAUAACAACAUCAGGAGUCAAACAAUUCCAGCCCAAAAGUGGAAUAAGAUGCCUGGAGAACCCAAAGAAAGACUGCCAUUUCAGCAAAGAGUGUAUUGUACACACAAUGAAUUCUACACUCAGACAUAUCAUUAAUCUGACAAAUCCACACAAGCGGCUGGAAGAGAUAAGAGAACAAACAUCAGGGGACCUUGCUCCUGUCGAAGUCAUCUCGUACAUCGAAGCCCUGUCAAUUUCAUCCCUAAGUUUUGGCAAUGGAUCUGAUAUUCACAAAAAGGGUUUCAUUAAUGAAACUAUUGUGAAUUUGGUCAAAUCUGUAAACAAUCUCGUGGAAAAGGAAGAACUGGUUUCGUGGAAAAAGAUGAGGGAGGAUUUGCGGGAGCAGGCCAUUACUAAACUCUUACACACAGCUGAGAAAGCCACUUUGGUCCUGUCCCAAAACUACAAACACAACACUGAAAUGGAUGUGAAAGAAGGGGAUGUGGAGAUGAAACUUUACGUAUUUGAUCCUCAUGAAACAAAGAAAUCGAAUGUCACUGCUGCACUGGAGGGAGAUUUGAUUUCAUUGACUCCAAAGGUUAAAAAGGAGGAAAGUACUAACGGGAGUGUCUCCAUUGUAUUCCUGCGUUAUCACAGCCUUGGCGAGCUGCUGAAACCCAGCAUUGACCCCGGGGUGACAGACUACUCCCGCUAUGCAGCGACAGGGGAAAUUACAGUGAACUCUCAAGUUAUAGCAGCUGCCAUCAAACCUCCAAACCUCUAUCCACUUGAUCAUGUGACAUUUAUUCUGAAACACACUGAGGCAAUUGACCCAGAAAUAGACAUGACAAAAUGUGCAUUCUGGGAGUACUCUGAACACAGUAUGAGAGGUCACUGGGCGAUGGAAGGAUGUGAACGCUCUCACGUGAACAGCACUCACACCACAUGCACCUGUAGCCACCUCACACAUUUUGCCAUUCUUAUGUCUUCUGGUCGAGCCAACCUUGUGGCUCACCACAUUGUCCUGACUAGAAUCACUCAGCUGGGCAUGGUGAUUUCCAUCAUCUGUUUGUCCAUGUGUAUAUUCACAUUCUGGUUCUUUAGCGACAUCCAGAGCACCAGAACCACUAUUCACAAGAAUCUCUGCUGCAGUCUCUUCAUGGCAGAGUUCAUCUUUCUGGUGGGAAUUAAUAUGUACAACCACAAGCUGUUUUGCUCCAUCGUAGCCGGGCUCCUGCACUACUUCUUUUUAGCUGCUUUCGCCUGGAUGUGUAUCGAGGGCAUUCACCUGUAUUUGAUUGUUGUUGGUGUCAUGUACAACAAAGGUUUUCUGCAUCGUAAUUUUUACAUCUUCGGAUAUGGAAGCCCUGCUGUGGUUGUUGGAAUAUCUGCAGCUCUUGGCUACAAGUAUUACGGUACCAGUAAUGCGUGUUGGUUGAGCACAGAGAACAAUUUCAUCUGGAGUUUCAUUGGACCUGCUUGUCUGAUAAUUCUGGUCAACUUGCUGUCUUUUGUGGUGAUAAUCUAUAAAGUCUAUCGCCACACAGCAGUGAAGAAGCCUGAAAUCAGUCACUAUGAAAAUAUCAGGUCAUGUGCACGGGGAGCCCUUGCCCUUUUGUUUCUUCUCGGCGCCACCUGGACAUUUGGCAUGGGCCACAUUCUCAAUGAGACCACUCUCUCGGCCUAUCUCUUCACUUUCGCUAACGCCUUCCAAGGAAUGUUCAUCUUUAUCUUCCUCUGUGUUUUGUCCAGAAAGGUCCAAGAGGAGUACUACAGAUUGUUCAAGAACAUUCCUUGUUGUUUUGAGUGUCUUAGAUGAGGACUAUAGUUCCACUCACUGACUACCACUGGGGAUCUUUUAUACAAAUACACCUUGUAAAUAAAUAUUCAUUCAGUGAACAAUGAUCAAAAAAAUAACACAAAAAAUGGAAGCAUGCUUUACAAAAACUAGCAAAAACAGCAUAUUUUAUAUCUAAAAUAUUUAUUUUCAAGAAAACAAUUAACUAUUUACUGUGUGAGUUCACUGUUAGUGCUUUUUGUAAUAGAAAAAAAAAAUCAUGAAUAUAUAUUUGUACUGUGACUCUUUUCAAAAUUUUUAUUUUUUUUUUUUGCUUCCAUUUUUAUGUUUUGCUGCAAUAAAAACGCAAUAGGUAGGACUUACUGAGUAUGAAUAACUAAUAAAAACAACUACCCAAAAAAUGCAGACGUAGAUGGAAAAAAAAUGCUAAGAAAAUGUUUUGUUUAGAAGUGUAUAUG